GAUUAAGUGAAUAAAUUUACUAUUUUUUAAUAUUUUAAAAUUUAAAAAAAAAUUAUCAAUAUAUUCCGAUAUCAAAACAAGAAGUCAUGGAUUCAAUCACCUAUGUCACUUUGUACACGUUAUAUUUCAUUUAAAAUUUUCCCGUGUUCGCAAUUCAUUCACGCACAAUCAUUAUUUUUUCAUGUCAGAACCUGAUACUGUUUGUUCUGAUUCUUCUGUCGACAAAAUCUCCAAAAAACAACAUUUAUGCGGAUCGAGGUCGACCUUCAAUGCCAUCGCUGCCGCAAGAAGAUAAAGAAAGUGCUCUGUAAAAUCCCCCAAAUACAAGACCAGGCAUACUUCGAGAAGGAAAACUAUGUGGUAAUAAAAGUGGUAUGUUGCAGUCCUGAAAAGGUAAAGCAAAAGAUAAUUUGCAAAGGUGGUGAUACCAUUAAGAGCAUUGAGAUCAUAGAGAUUGAGAGGAACACCAACCCACCUGGGAAAGGGAAGAAGCCGAAACGCGUGAGAUUCGAUGACGAGCUGGAGAGGCCACUAGAAAAAGAGAAGCCGCCUCAGGAGCAGAAACCGCCUGAGAAGCAGAAGCCACCUGAGAUGGUGAAGAAGCCACCGCAAAAGAAAGACCCUGAACCGGUUUCAAGGCUUCCUCUUGUACCGGUUGGUGUGCCUGUACCGCCGGGUGGAUUUGGGACUUGUUGUACGGAAUGUUAUGAGGGUCGUGGUGGGGGGCCAUGCCUGUAUGGUCAUGGUACUAGGCCAUGGCCACCAUUAACACCAAAGCCUCGUGCUGAACCGGUUCCACUGCUGGUUCCUAUACCUGUGCCGGCUUAUCCGGUUAGGUUUGGGACGUGUUGUACGGAGUGCUAUGAGGGUCGUGAUGGGGGGCCAUGCCAUUAUGGUCAUGGUAGGCCACCCCCAUGUUAUGAUGGCUACUACUAUGGAAGGCCCAUUUAUGAUAGUUAUGGUGGCGGGUAUAGGAGUUGUUAUACUUAUGUGAGUCGAUGUGAAGAAACUUCCUCUGGAUGCACCAUCAUGUAAUUAUUGGAAUUUGCAUGCAUGCAUGCAUGGUGAUGAUAAUGGUGAUCAUGUUCUAGCUAGUUGCCUACUUGCAAGAAGAUUAAUCAGGAUGUAUAUAUGGGUUGUUUAAUAAAUGUGGUAGGUCAUUUUAGUGCUUCUAUCAA